AUGCUUAAGACUAACAUAGGAAGGAAGAGUAAGACUCCUUUGCACUAUGUAAGUAAAGUUGCAAACCAGGACUUCUUUCUGGAUAGGUUUCUAGAGGCUUGCCCUGAUAGUAUCCUGGAUGUUACAACUCAAAAUAGCACUGCUUUGCAUAUAGCCGUGGAAAACAGAAGGCUAGAUGUUCUCCAAGUCCUACUUAGGACACUUAUGAAGACAGCCUAUCAUCGAGAAGUGGUGAAUCGAAAGGAUGAAAAUGGCAACACAGCACUGCACAUAGCAGCUAGCAGCAAUGAGGCCCAGAUGCUUAAACUACUAUUAAACUGCAAGGCUGAUAAGCAUGCCACUGAUCAAGCUGGUUUGACGGCACUGGGUGUUUCCCAUCAACAUGGUUACACAGAAAGCAUUACUGGUUUGCGUGGUUGCUUUAUUCAAGUUGUUUCAAAGUUUAUACCUAAGUUGGAGAAACAAACCGCCAGUUAUGUCACCAAAGCAUCGUCACUGAUUUUCCGUGAUAUGGAUAAUAUAUCAGGCGAGAACCGUAAUGCAUUACUGGACAGCACUUCAAGUGCUACUUGCGUUUCUUGCAGUAUGCUUUCACCAAUCAAUAUCUUUCAUUGUCCCAACCUCUUCAGCAUCAAUAAUUCUCUCUCCUCUCGGGGAUCGUUUUCAUCUUAA